AUGACGUUCCGAAUCAGCUACAGCGACACGCUGCCAGUCGUCCUGCUUCUCGUCCUCUUUGCUACCCGUGUGCACGCCUUCGGUGCAGGCAACAUCGCGUCCAAUGCGAAGGUCGAGGGCACCAACUUUCGCCAUGGCGACAUCGAAGACACUCUCCUCACCCUCCUGACUGCCCGUGCCAUGGGAGGGAAGAAGUUCUCCAAACUUGACGUAAAGCGAGUCUACUUCGGCAACUGGCUGCGUGAUUACUCCCAGGCCAUCGAUGUCGGCACUGUCAAAUACGUAUCCGCCGAGGCCAUCCGGAUUCUUCUCUGGGUCUUGGGAUUCAUGAGCUUCGGCUAUGGCACUGGCGAGUUUGAGGUCACCAAGGAGCGUUUGGGUUGCUACCGACCUGAGGAGCACAUUGAUAACCCGAAGGACUAUGCCGACAACUUGGACGCCACACAAUACGACCAGCGACUACGCGGGCCUGUCGAUGAGAGAAGAGAAUUGGCUGUCGAUAACCGGAACGGAUUGAAGACAUACAUUGCGAGUGAAGACAAGGGCAUCACCACUUCGGCCGGUCACGUACGGAAGCUCCUUGGGCGCUGCAUCGACCUCGGGCGUCGCUACAAGCAGACGAAAGACGACAAGGACUAUUUCGAAGCUCUAAGGUUGUUGGGCACUGCUACCCACUGUCUCGAAGAUUACUCGGCGCACUCCAACUAUGUCGAGCUUGCUCUCAUCGAGCUCGGAGAACGCGAUGUAUUCCCUCACGUGGGACGGCGAACCCAGAUUCAGAUCGAAGGCCUUCGCAACAAUGUUUACCCUAUCGUCACUGGGACUUUCGGUGGCGUUGAUUUCCUUCACAGUGUGUGCGGUGAAUUGAGCGACAAGGCAACGCAAUCGGAGCUUGAGCAGCUCGAGGGCGCGCUGAAGACAUCACAAAAGUCGGACACGAGUGUUUUGAAGGAGUUGCUCAAUAAGCUGCCUCCGGGUCUCCUGGGCGACAGCGACCAGCCGAACAAAGCCGACCAGCUCCAAGCCAACGCUGCUGCCGCAGGACUGCAAAGCAUGCACAUCUCGCCCAAGGAACCCGAAGCAUUCACCCAACAGCUGGAUGAGCUUGUCCGACAGAUUUACCCCAUCAUCGAAUUCCACGACAACAUCGUGCAAAACAUCUCCAAGACGAUCGACGAGAUUCCCGUGCUUCCAGAGCUGGUCGAGCAGAUUCAAUCUCAAGUCUCGCUGUUCGUCUUCGGACUUCUCUCCCCAAUCGUCACACCCAUCAUCCAGCAGGUCAAGAACGAGCUCAACACUGGCUCCGAGGAAAUCAUCAAUUCAUCGAGGGAGAAGCAACACGUCGUGUUCAACGACGACAACUCUACCGAUCCUACGCAUUCGAUGUUGUCCAAGGAUCACUUCAGCUCAGUUUUGAAUGAUCCUGCUGGUAAGGUCGCUACUGCUGUGCUCACAUGGGUCGUGCCACAGAUUGUGGCUUGUUGGGAUGAUGAUCAAAUCGAAAUUCCUCGCACACUCGAUCGAAUUGUCAAUGGAGUGUUCCACCACCCUGCGCUGCGUGAUGGUGGUCUCGAUGGCGCGCGUGAUGGACGAUCGACCAUGUUUGGAGUUGUCGAGCGCUGGUGGCGCGAGAUGAGCGAACGCGAACAAGCGGAUAUGCGCGACCGUCUGAGCCGCGACGGCGUGCAACAAGGCCGGAAUCACAAGGAGGGCGUCCACGACACCGGUCAUGGCUGUGGCAAGCCUCUUGGUAUUCCGAACGGCAAGACCACGUCCAGCUCUGGUGCCAUCGGUGGUCCGGCGUCUGAUCUUCUGGGACGUUUGAACGAAGGACUUACAGGUGUCAAUCCAGCUGGUCCUCCCAGUGCGACCUCCAAUGCCAUUUCCAGCCAUGUUGGUGAGGCACUCGGAGGCGGUGCCCUGGGCUCGAUUGUGGGAGGCAUUGCCGGUGGUCUGCUGGGAGGUGCCUUCGGUCAAGAAUCCAAAGCUGAAACGACCUCUUACCAGAGCGGCGGGUAUCAGCAGGACGGCUCUUACACUUCAAGUGUCACCCAGGCUGGUCACAGACCUGGUCAACAGGGCCAACCCGAGCGAUAUGGUCAGGCUCAGAUGUCCCAGACCCAAUACCCAUCGGGUGGAUACCGCGAGGACUACAAGCGGUACGAGCAGGAUGGCCGUACUGGCAAGACUGGUUACGGCUACGAGGAGUCAAGUGAAGUGCGCCCACACCAAGGAGGUGGAUACGAGCAACGCACGGAACAACGCUACGAGCACCCCGGUGGCAGAUAUGAGAGCGAAGUCCAAGUCCAAGGCGUCACUGGCUCCGGAAGACAGUAUGGCUACGAGGAGAGCCGCCAGGGUCACAAGAAGCAGGACAGCGACGACGAUGAUGAUGACGACGACAACGACGAUGAUGAUUGGGAGAAGAAGGAGCGCAAGCGCAAGAAGAAGGAAGAAAAGCGUCGGCGCAAGCAACAGGAAGAAGAAGAAGAAUCUCGCAACUCGGGCGGCGGCCGGAACAACCGCAACGAUGACAAUGACAACUCCUACGGUCGAAGACAAGAGAGCAGCGGAUACGGCUCCAGCGGGAAUCAAUACGGCAGCGAAGGCCGACAAUCCGGCUACGGUCGCAACGAGCAAUCUUCCUACGGCCAGAGCGGGAACAGCUCCUACGGACGCUCCGAGUCCGGCGGUGGUCGGAACGAAGGCUCGUCCUAUGGCCGCGACCAGGGAUCCUCCUACGGCCAGAGCGGAAACUCGUACGGCCGCGAUGAGCAGCCGGCGUACGGUCGCAGCGAGUAUGAGCCCUCUUCGCGGAACGAUCGGGAUGAAGGGUCUUACGGUCGACGCAACGAGGGCUCCUCCUACGGACGCCGCGAGGAGGGGGACUCGUACGGUCGACGUGAGAACGAGUAUUGA